AUGGAGAAGGUAACACUGCAGAAGCGCUAUGAGGCUCUGAGCCAGGAUCCCGAAAACCUGGAAAUCUCUAAGCCAAAGUCAUGUCGGAAACGAGGCUGGGCUUUGCUACUCUGCAGCUUGCUUGCCGGUGGAUGGUUCCUGAGGCCGCACUGCCACCAUGUUCAUCGUGUCCCUACCAUCGAAGAAAGAGUGCAUCACAUCUUGACUCAGACUCCAUUGAUCGAUGGCCAUGAUGAUUUCCCUAUCUUUAUCCGAUCGGUCUUUCAUAAUCACAUUCAUAGUGCCAACUUUACGGACGCCUUUCUCAAUGGCACACUUCCCGCUCAUGUAGAUCUGCCUCGUCUGAAGCGUGGACAUGUUGGUGGCACUUUCUGGAGUGUCUUUGUUCCCUGUCCUACCGAUUGGACUGACUUUUCAGAUGAAACAUAUGCGCCGAGUAUACGUCAAACCAUGGAACAGGUUGACUUGAUGUCUCGUAUUCAGCAGACAUUUCCCGAUGUUUUUUCGACCCCGCCCAAUGGCACUACCGCGCUGAGCGCCUUCCAGGACGGCAAGAUCAUUUCUCCUCUCGGCAUAGAAGGAUUGCACUCCAUCGGCAACUCUCUGUCGCAUCUUCGCAUUUUCUACGAACUCGGUGUCUCUUAUGCAACACUAACACAUAACUGCCACAACCGCUAUGCUGAUGCCGCGGUCGUUGAACUGUCAGGUGGCGGCGUGAAGAAGUCCGACCCAUUGUGGCACGGAGUCAGUCCAGCAGGUCAGAACGUGGUCUACGAAAUGAACCGACUCGGCAUGAUUGUCGACCUAGCCCAUGUGAGCGUGGAUACCAUGCGUGAUGUGCUCGGUGCAGGCAAGACCGAGUGGACCGGCAGUCGGGCUCCGAUCAUCUUCAGCCAUAGCUCGGCCUAUGCGCUGUGCCCGCAUCCGCGAAAUGUGCCCGAUGAUGUUCUUGAACUAGUGCGGGAAAAGAAUUCGAUCGUCAUGGUUAACUUUUCGCCUGAUUUCAUUUCCUGUGUGGAUUCCGGUCGCGCCGAUGGCAUCCCUGAUGCUGAUCCUGAGAAUGCUACGCUCGAACGCGUCGCGGAUCAUAUUAUGCACAUCGGGACUAUUGCGGGCUUCGACCAUGUUGGCCUUGGGAGUGACUUUGACGGUAUUCCGACAGUGCCUCGAGGCCUGGAGGAUGUGUCGAAGUUCCCGGCUCUCAUUGCAGAGCUCUUGCGCCGGGGAUUGAGUGAUGAGGAUGCUGCCAAAGUGGCUGGUGGCAAUCUGCUACGUGUGUGGAGAGACGUCGACCAGGUAGCCCUGAAGAUGCAGGCUGAAGGUGCCGCCCCCGUGGAGGACGACUCUCAGACAAUCUAA